CCGGGCUCCCGGACUUUUGCGAGCUAGCCCAGUCGUUGCACCGGCAGGGGACCGUGAUCGCGCUCCCCACGGCCGUGCUGGACUUCGGCGCUACGGCCACCGGCGCGGCGGCUUUGUCGCGGAUCGCGGAUAUCCGGGUUUUGAUCGUGGAGGUACAGGACCGGAUGAGUGAGGCGAUGACGAGGCUGCUGGUCACCCACGUGCUCCGCCUGAUUGUGGCCGUGUUGUUGUACGCGGCGGUCUUUUGGAAGUUCCAGAAGGCCUGGGGCCCCUACGUGCAGUUCUACCGGGAUUUGAAGCACACCGCCGCCGACGCCGACCUUACCGUGGAGCAGCUGCGCGACGAACUCGAGCAGGAGCGGCGCAAGCGCGUCAAGGCCGAGCAGGACUUUGCGGGCCUGCAGCGCGAGUCUGCGGACACUUUUGUCGCUUCUCUCUCGCUGCUCCCGGAUCAGUACGCCACUACCACAACUUCCUCGAGAAGCAGUCGCGGACAGCACGCGUUUUUUCCUGCCCGAAGCAGCGCAACUUCUGGUGUUCCUCCAGAAAAACACAGUCUGCAGGUCGUGCUUCAGCUCUCGCCCGUGCUAGUGCAAGCGGCAGCUGGCGAUCGUGGCGCGGUUUGUGCGGCGGAAAAAAACCGUAGCUCUGCACAGAAGCAGGGAGAAACGAAAGCAGAUCAGCAACCUUCUUGUUCCGGAGCUAGUACAACAACUACGUCAUACCCAAGUACUAGCAGUGGAGUACGAGAAAAUGAGUCUCUUCUUCUUCAGCAAAAAGAGGCUCUACUUCUCGAGCAAGCGUCGCACUGGUCGUCCUGUGGGGGGUCUAGCGCAACAACGGUGGAAACGUACCAUAUUUCCUUACAACCUGCUCAGGUGUUUUAGCAAUCUCAACUGGUCAUGCAAUAAAGAACCUUAGCUCGCUGCUGUAUGGGGUCGCGCAUGAACAGCAUGAAUGAACAACAUACAGAGAUAGAUUUGCGCUUGUCGCAUCAAUGCAAGUUUCGCCGGAUUCUGUUCGGGUUCGGCACACCAGAACUUGUCAUGCGCAUUCCUGUCAGAGUACGUAGGCGUAGGCCAAAUCCGGCGCACUGACUUUUUUUGCAUCUUCGAAUCGCCGGCAUUCUUGGAACAUCUGAGCCACCUAUACUCCUCCCCCAGCGUUUUACCCCUGGCGGGCAUCUGGCUACUCUGUGCCGAGGACCGAGGCGGCGCGCGGGUAUCAAGAUGAAAAAUCUUUCCCCUCCCCCUAUUCGAAACAAAAAUGCUGAUGCUGGAUUUGAGUACUUACACAAAUAAUUCCAGUCUUGCACUAAGGGACCGCAGCCAGAGGCCCGGCUUCCUUGCUUGCGAGCAUUAGGGUCUGGCUUUUCAGCAUGGCAAACGCCUGCCCCGUAGGACCAGCAUCAUGAAAAAUCGCUUCUUUCAUGCGGCGCGCAUCUUCUCUGCCCUUGCCUUCUUGCACGACAAAGCUGAUCGGUGGUCACAAAUCUGCGACACAUGUUGCCGUUUUGAGUUGUAUGGGAAGGGGGGACUUUUCCUCGCAAUAUCGGAAAAUCGCGGACCACUUGCAAAAGCUCGACAUCUCGGACGACGGAAAGUUUCUCACAGACGGGACCGGCUACAUGCAGAGAGUGCAGGUGAUCUCUGACACAAGUCUGAUCUGGGAGGAUCGUGAACUUUGGCUGGACGCGGCGAACGCCAAUUUUCUCUACCGCCAGUCGGCCUCCCGAGCUGCGCCGCUGAAAUAUUGCCGGUUUUUUAAGAAGCAGGGCAUAAGGUAAUACGUAAGUGCCUGUGCGGUUUUUUUUCAAAUGAGUAGUCACUGACUUAAGUAGGAACAAACAGUAAUUUUUUUCAGUAUGUAAUAGAACCAAUCAACGACGUCGAUGAAUGCGAAAACAAAAAACAAGUUGUGCAAAACACUAGUUUCGUAAACAGCAUGAAGUUUCCGGGAAAAUACAUGAGGAUAUAGUAUAAAGUGCACCACUUUUAAUUAUGCAUUUGUUUCAGAGACAGACACUUUCUUUCGUUAGCAUCAGACGCGACCUAGCGUCGACCUUCACGGGAUAGCGAUAUUGAUAAACAUGACCAACGGGUCAUCGAACCUCUUUCUCGACUUACUCGCUGCCUCGCGGCUCGUUUCAUUGCAGUUUCGAAAAUUGAUAAUUCUUCGUGACACUCUAUCUGCUCGUGCUCGUCAC